UCCCCUCUACACCACCCAAAUUUGAACAAAGAGGCGGACUUCAGUUGUCUGACAGUUACAGCUGGUCACAAUAGUCCGUCACACCUGACUGGUCGCACUAAGGAUGACUGGAUGAGGGAGGUAGAAAAGGGCUGCACAUUGCUGGUGUUGGCAGUAUAUUGUAGAGAUCACACCGUGUAGAUUAGUCAAUUGUAGCCUCAUCUAGAUCAAGGAACUAGCUAGGCUUCCUUCUAUACCUUCAUCAACAGAUUAUCAGGUUGGGGAUAGCUCUGAUUUGAUUCUGGUGUACGGAAUUGAACCAUCUCUGUGAUCCUUUAUUUCGUUGGACUAUUGCUGAACGGCUAGCCUGCCUGUCCUUAGUGCUGUGACAAGCUUGGUAUUAAAGGUGUCCUCACAUCAAUGUUUGGCACCAACACUACUGAAUUGUUUCCUCUGGACACAAAUGUGCAUCGCUUCCUGGAUACUAGCAUCUGAAACAUGAUUCUGGGAGCUGACAACAGAGCUGAUUCCUGCAAUUGGUUAGAGUGUACUAUGGACACUGAUGCCAGCAUCAACGACCACAUGACCUCGGAUGAGAUGUACAUGCAGCUUCAAGCUGAUAUGGUAAACAUCAAAGCUCAGGAGCAAGCCCUCCAGUCUGAGAUCAGCAACAUUAAGUCGAAGUUCACAAAUCUGCUCCAGACCUGCGGCCUGGAAGAUGAGUUCCCGGUUGAUGACAACGUGAAAAUGUCCACACCAAGAAGGCCUGCUCAUGCCAACGAUGGAACUCCAAGACGCACUAACUUCAACUACGCAGACUUCUUGAUAGAACAGCUCCUUGCUGGAAAUACCUUAACAGACUCUGAUCUGUCCAUCAGCCCUGAAGAUACACGAAACUCAGCUGAGGUUGAACCCGAGAACCUGAACCAAGUUGAUGCUUGCAACCUUCUCAGUGCCAGCUCAACAGCAGUCCCAAACCAGAAUGUGUUCCGCACAGACAAUCACCACGUCACUGUUGCUUCAAAUGUGCUUCGCCAGGUCAUGCCAAACAACAUUGAUGUUACCACAUCUGAGAAUGGAGUUGCUACUUCCUCGGAUUCUUACCCCCAGUCAUCCUCAGACUCUUCAGAUAACCAAGUUGUGCCUGAUCUUGACCGUGAGAAGGACCUUGAUUCUCGCAGGCAUUAUUAUUCAGACUUUACUAUUGACAGACAGAGGAAGAUUAACCAGCUCCUUCUCCAGCUUAAGCAGAACAACAACACCACCCUUCUCAGCAGGCCCGAGGUUUUCCCUGGUGGCGACAGCUCCGAGCGACUUGUUGAGGGAGCUGAACAGCAGGUGUCCUUCCGAAAGGUCAUGAUCAACAGGCGUACUUCCACUGCCAGUUCCAGGUCCAGCGGAACUGAUUCAGCGUCUGCAUCCAGCACCAUGAAGAAAUCCAGCCGAUCUACAAGUCGUCGUAAUAAGACAUCUUCAUCUCGCACAAGUAGUCACCCACUGAUGUCCUCUACCAUGAUCUCUGACCCCUCCAACGUCAUGCCCAGCAGCAGCUCCAACAGCAGUGUCUACACCUGGUCCAUUGACGAGAACUCUGACCCAGCUGACCUUCAGGGAUCCUACCUGAGGAGCAGACACAGCAGACACAGCAGCAAGCACAAGUCUCACCGAGUCCGCAUGCCUAGAGUGUCUACUGAACGCAAGAAGCGACGUCACCACCGUCACAGCGAGGCUCCAUCUCUCCACCUCACCCAUAUGGUUUCCACCAUUCGAGACGUCCACCUGCAGCAACCGAGUCUUCGCAGAGAACAACUCAUCCAGCCCUCUGACGUAGAUGAUACCCUGGACUCCUCUCCUCUCCAAGAACGACUUGCUCCCGGCAAGUCCAGCUCCAGUGGUAGCAGUGCGGUGGCCUCGUCAACCCAUGCAACUGACUCAUCUCUCAUCGACACUGUGCUCACAGACAGUCCAGCUGAUUCCGUAAAUAGUAGUGGUCUUUACGCUCCCUGCAACUCCCCCCGCUACAGCAGUGUUGGCUCUCACUGUGGCUACACCACCGUCAGCAGCAGUGUACCAUCAACCUCCAGCAAUGAAUACAGAGCACCGUUGCCAACACCAGCCACAGUUAAACCAGAAGAUUCCAUCUUCAAGAUCCCCCACAGUCCUAUUGGGAAGAAGAGGUCAUCAAAGAAGAGUGUCAGCCAUAGCCCCAGUGUCCGUACCUCAACACCCCGCCCACCCUACUCUGGCGGAUCAGUCCGCAGUGAGCCUGUCAUGAGGAGGAAGCUGUUCUCUUCGGGUGCAGUUGGCGCAACAGAACACAAGAUCCUGGACAAGAAGGCCCUGGUUCGCAAGUUCAAGAAGUUCAGUCAUCACUUUCACAAGAGCGACAAGUCCAGCAAGAUCAAGACCCUUGCCCAGUUGUAAAUCGAACAAUUUGUGCUCCUGAUUUUAAUAGUGCGAAUGUGAUGUUCACUUGUACAGGACAUUUGUGAAUAGUGUGGUUGUGAAGACAAUAGAACCUGCGACUUCGAGGUUGUGAUUACAAAGAAAGUGACUUUGUGUAAAUGUUGUGAAUAGUGUGGUUGUGAAGACAAUAGAACCUGCGACUUCGAGGUUGUGAUUACAAAGAAAGUGACUUUGUGUAAAUGUUGUGAAUAAUCAUCGGUGAUAUUACUCUUUCUGCAAUUCCCAGAAUCUUUCAUUACAAUUCCACAUUAUCAUUCAAAACCACAGCUGUCUUUCCCAGUGCAAUACAAUUUCAUGCAUACCAAACAGAUUCUUGCUCAUUGUAUAUUGUAAAUAUGUAAAUAUGUCAGAUAAAUGCUAUUUAUUUUCUUGUGAAGAACACAGGAACAGUGCUACAAUA